UCAUUGGUUCCUCUACUAUCACUACUACUCCUCCACAAAAUAAAGGCAUAGCUCUCAUGGUGCACGACCACCACCACCAUCACCACCAUUAUUACUACUACUACUAGUUACUAUAUGAAGGGAGAGAUCUUUAGCCCUCAUCAGACAGUCCUCCCUGAGCUUUUUCAUGAUAACGCUUGAGAAGAAAAGUUUUGCAAAGAGCCACAGUUCAGAAGCUUCAAGCAGCAAAUUACAUUAGAAAUGAGGAUCUACUUGUCUGUGUACAUUGUGGUAAUUCUAUCUGCCUCAGUUUGGGGACAGGUUAAGAAUGGGCAUCUCAUCGAUAAACAGGAUCCGGACACAAUGUUGUUAGGUAAACGGAACGACCAACAUCAUUUAUAUGUUGAUAAACGAGAUCCAGACCCCAUGUUUAUAGGCAAAAGGGAUCCAGAUCCUUUUUUUGUGGGAAAACGGGACCCAGAUCCAUUUUUGGUGGGAAAAAGGGAUCAAGAUCCUUUUUUUGUAGGAAAACGGGGUCGGGACCACUUCUUUGUUGGUAGACGGGUUCCAGAUCUAUUCUUUGUAGGUAAAAAGGAUCCAGACACUUUAUUUGUCGGUAAACGAGAUCCAGACCCCAUGUUCAUUGGUAAAAGGGAUCCAAACACUUUAUAUGUUAGGAAGAGAAAUUCUGACCCCUUUUCUGUAGGUAAACGAGAUCCAGACCCUUUCUUUGUUGGUAAACGAGAUCCAGAUCCUUUCUUUGUUGGUAAACGAGACCCAGAUCCGUUUUUUGUAGGUAAACGACAUUCAGACCCCUUUUUUGUAGGCAAACGAGAUUCAGACCCCUUUUUUGUAGGUAAACGAAAUUCAGAACCCUUUUUUGUUGGUAAGCGAGAUUCAGAUCCCUUUUUUGUUGGUAAACGAAAUCCAGACCCCUUUUUUGUAGGCAAACGAGAUUCAGACCCCUUUUUUGUUGGUAAACGAAAUGCAGAACCCUUUUUUGUUGGUAAGCGAGAUUCAGAUCCCUUUUUUGUUGGUAAACGAAAUCCAGACCCCAUGUUUGUAGGUAAAAAGAGUGAAUACCCUCUCUCCGUUGAGAAUUCACACCAUCGAUUAUUUGUAAGCAAACGACGUUCGGAGGAAAAUCCCUUGUUAGCAGGUACACAAGUUCCCUUAUUUAGAAGCAAACAGAAUUAUCGUGAGCAAAAACUAGAAAAUCCUUUAUUUGUAGGCAAACGAGAUGAUGAUCCUCUUUUUGUAGGCAAACGAGAUGAUAACCCCUUAUUUGUAGGAAAAAGAGGUUAUAAUAAUCAGUUACCUACACAUGAUUAUCUAGACCAGGACAUAUCAAACAAGCCAGGCGAUCCCAUAUACGAUGAUAAUGUAAUAUAUACAGGUAAACCAUUCCAUGGUGAGCCCUUAUUUGGAGGAAAACAAUAUCGGGAUCACACAUUUUUAAACAAACCAGAUGGUCCCAUUAUUAUAAGCAAACGAUUUCAUUAUGAUUCUGCAUUGGCAGGCAAACGACAAAACGAUCAUCCGUUAUUUCCCAGAAAGCGAAAUUCAAGAUCUGUAUAUACUAAUAUACAUGAUCCGGAUCUAAUAUUUCGUUCUUUCCGAAAUAACGAUACGCUUUUAACGGGAAGACAAAAGCCGGCAUCAUUUCCCUCAGCUUUCGUUGCGCCAUUUUCCAGAGAGACUGUAUUUGGUCGUAAAAGAGAGGAGGAUCCAAUGUUUGUCGGUAAACGUGAGGAAAAUCCCAUGUUUGUUGGUAAACGAGACGAUGAUCCUGUGUUUGUUGGUAAACGAGAGGAUGAUCCUGUGUUUGUCGGUAAACGAGAAGAUCCUAUGUUUGUCGGGAAACGGGGAAAUGGUCCUAUGUUUGUUGGUAAACGAGAGGAAGAUCCCAUGUUUGUAGGUAAACGUGAUGAAGACCCAAUGUUUCUUGGUAGAAGAGAAGAUCCAAUGUUUGUUGGUAAACGAGAAGAUCCAAUGUUUAUCGGUAAACGAGGGAAAGAGCCUAUGUUUGUCGGUAAAAGGAAUCCUAUGUUUGUAGGUAAACGAGAGAAGAACCCUAUGUUUAUUGGUAAACGAGAGAAAGAACUUAUGUUUGCCGGGAAACGAGAAGAUCCUAUGUUUAUCGGUAGACGAGAGGAGGAUCCGGUCUUUGUCGGUAAACGAGAGGAAGAUCCUGUGUUCGUUGGCAAACGAGAGAAAGAUCCCAUGUUUGCUGAUGAACGAGAGAAAGAGCCUAUGAAUGUCGGGAAACAUGAAAAAGACCCUAAAUUUGUCAGUAAACGAGAUCCCAUGUUCGUGGGUAAACGAGGGGAAGAUCCCACGUUUGUUGGUAAAAGAGAAAACCCCAUGUUUGUCGGUAAAAGAGGAGAUCCCAUGUUUGUGGGUAAACGAGAGACAGAGCCUAGAUUUGUUGGUAAACGAGAACAACCUAUGUUUGUCGGUAAGAAAGAAGAUCCUAUGUUCAUCGGUAAAAGAGAGGACCCUAUGUUUGUCGGUAAAAGAGAAGAUCCUAUGUUCAUCGGUAAAAGAGAGGACCCUAUGUUUGUUGGUAAACGAGAGAAAGAGCCUAUGUUUCUUGGUAAAAGAGAAGAUCCCAUGUUUGUCGGUAAAAGAGAGGAUCCUAUGUUUGUCGGUAAAAGAGAACAUCCCAUGCUUAUAGGUAAAAGAGAAGAUCCUAUGUUCGUUGGUAAAAGAGAAGAUCCCAUGUUUAUCGGUAAACGACAAGGCCCCAUGUUUGUCGGUAAAAGGGAAGAUCAUAUGUUUGUUGGUAAGAGGGAAUAUCCUAUGUUCAUCGGUAAAAGAGAAGACCCCAUGUUUGUUGGUAGAAGAGAAGAUCCAAUGUUCAUCGGUAAAAGAGAAGAUACCAAGUUUGUCAGUAAAAGAGAAGAUCCCAUGUUCAUCGGUAAAAAAGAAGACCCUAUGUUCGUUGGUAAAAGAGAAGAUCCUAUGUUUAUCGGUAAAAGAGAAGAUUCCAUGUUUGUCGGUAAAAGAGAAGAUCCCAUGUUCAUCGGUAAAAGAGAAGACCCAAUGUUCGUUGGUAAAAGAGAAGAUCCCAUGUUCAUCGGUAAAAAAGAAGAUCCUAUGUUCGUUGGUAAAAGAGAAGAUCCAAUGUUUGUCGGUAAAAGAGAAGACCCCAUGUUCGUUGGUAAAAGAGAAGAUCCUAUGUUUAUCGGUAAAAGAGAAGAUCCUAUGUUUGUUGGUAAAAGAGAAGAUCCCAUGUUCAUCGGUAAAAGAGAAGACCCCAUGUUCGUUGGUAAAAGAGAAGAUCCCAUGUUCAUCGGUAAAAGAGAAGACCCCAUGUUUGUCGGUAAAAGAGAAGAUCCUAUGUUUAUCGGUAAAAGAGAAGAUCCUAUGUUUGUUGGUAAAAGAGAAGAUCCUAUGUUUGUUGGCAAAAGAGAAGACCCCAUGUUUGUCGGUAAAAGAGAAGAUCCCAUGUUUGUCGGUAAAAGAGGAGACCCCAUGUUUGACGGUAAAAGAGAAGAUCCCAUGUUUAUAGGUAAAAGGGAAGAUCCUGUGUUUGUCGGUAAAAGGGAAGACCCCAUGUUUGUCGGUAAAAGAGAAGAUCCUAUGUUCAUUGGUAAAAGAGAAGAUCAUAUGUUUGUUGGUAAAAGAGAAAACGCCAUGUUUGUCGGUAAAAGAGAAAACCCCAUGUUUGUCGGUAAAAGAGAAGAUCCCAUGUUUGUCGGUAAAAGAGAAGAUCCUAUGUUUGUCGGUAAAAGAGAAGAUCCUAUGUUUGUCGGUAAAAGAGGAGAUCCCAUGUUUGUCGGUAAAAGAGAAAAUCCUAUGUUUGUCGGUAAAAGAGAAGAUCCAAUGUUCGUCGGUAAAAGGGAAGAUCCCAUGUUUGUCGGUAAAAGAGAUCCUAUGUCUGUUGGUAAAAGAGAUGAUCCCAUGUUUGUCGGUAAAAGAGAAGAUCCCAUGUUUGUCGGUAAAAGAGAAGAUCCUAUGUUUGUCGGUAAAAGAGAAGAUCCUAUGUUUGUCGGU